CACAUGUUUAGCAGCCCAAAGGACGAGUUCCGGCUGCCGGUGUAAGCGGUGGUCAGGGAAGCCUUGUGCAGGGUCGGGCACCAGUCGAGUGGUUCACAUGCUGGGUUGUGAUCAGCAUUGAUCCAGGCCAGCAUUAUUCUGCAAGCUGAGAACAACCAUCAAGGCACACACGUGCUUACAUACCGCGCCCGCCAUACCUCGCGCAAACGCUUUGACUGCUCUAGCCCAUGGCAAACCCCGGGACAUGAUCGGAACACCCGUGCAACUCUCUUCCGCCGCUCUCUACCGCCGACCAUGUCUAUCCGCGUCCUAAUCAAAGACUACCCACACCGCGCAAUCGCCCUCGCUACCUCGACCCAUGCACUCGUCCUCCGACACAGCACAUCCACCACCGAACAGAGUAGCAACAUCAAUGCCUCGUCGACGUCGCUGGGGAGCAAUGGCGCCGCCGCCGCGCGCUGCAUGGUCGAAUUCACUCGGCUGGAGGAGAUCGACCUAGACGAUUACCGGGCGCUACACUCAGUCCAAGUACACGGCACAUUGGGCCUGAUCACUGUAAACAGCGACGUUUUCCUGGUCGUCGUCAAUGGCGCGAGCAAGGUGGCCACGGUACGGCCUGGCGAGACGGUGCAGAGGAUAUACUCGGUCGGCUUCUACUGCUUGACCAGCACGAGCUACGAUACCCUGCUCAACGACGAAGUCAAUCCCUACCCUACCGACACCAUCGACGACGAAGGAUACGAAAUGGGCUUCGGCGGCAGGAAAGAGCAGUCGCCCAUGGAACACCCGUGUCUGGCGCUCAAGAAGAUACUCAGCAGCGGAACCUUCUACUACAGCUCAGACUUCGACCUCACCCGACGAUUGCAAGACCGUACAACCGACGCCGCGACCGUUUCCAUCGAUAGUCUAGACGCUGGCUUUCUGUGGAAUUCAUACAUGAUCCAGCCGCUGGUCGACUUCAGAAGUCGCCUUGCGCCCAAGGAGAAGGAGGCUCUGGAUGCUUCGGGGAUCCUGACAUCUGCGAUCCGGGGUUUCGCCCUUACAAUUACCAUCCCCAAAUCCUCUGCUCCCAUUAGGGUACAAGACUCGGGCAUGCCGUCUUCCAUGACACUGAUCUCCAGAUUGUCGUGCAAGAGGGCAGGAACGAGGUUCAAUUCGCGAGGUAUCGACGAUGACGGGAACGUCGCAAACUUUGUUGAAAGCGAAACAAUCUAUUGGGCGCCGUCCGGGGCCUGCUUCUCCUACGUGCAGGUGCGAGGAAGUGUACCCAUAUUCUGGGAACAGCAGGCUGGUUUGCUUCCAGGGCAGCAGAAGAUCACCAUCACUCGAUCGCCGGAAGCCACGCAGCCGGCCUUUGACAAGCACUUCGACAAUCUAGAGCUCAGCUAUGGCACAGUUCAUGUCGUCAAUCUUCUGAGCAACGAAAAGCAGAACGAACUAGAGUUGACGCACAGAUAUCGCGGCCACAUCAGAAACAGCCCUUUGAAUCAAGGAAGCGACAUCAAUGACCAACAGCACGAUCUCAUCAAGCUCACGGAAUACGAUUUCCAUGCUGAAACACGGGGACCAGGUGGCUAUGAGAUGGCUAGUAUGAUCGCUCAAUGGAUCCAAGAUUCUGCCGAAGGAUUUGGAUAUUAUCUCUCGGAAGAGGUGGAUGAAGUCACAAGACACAAUGGAGAAAACUACGCUGUCCGCCGGACAAUGAGCAUAUUACAACAGGAGGGUGUCUUCAGAACAAACUGCCUGGAUUGCCUCGACCGGACGAAUCUUGUCCAAACCAUUAUUAGCAAGAUGGCGUUGGAGAUCUUCUUAAGUCACAAGGGCCUUCGAGCUAGCCAGGACUUCUGGGUCAGACAUUCAAGUAUGUGGGCAGACUGUGGUGACGCUCUUUCGAAAAUCUAUGCAGGUACAGGAGCGUUGAAGUCCUCGUUUACGCGAUCGGGAAAGAUGUCGCUUGCUGGUGCUCUGGCAGACGCUCGUAAGAGCGCCACUCGAAUGUACAUUAACAACUUCGCGGACAAAGGGCGACAGAACACGAUCGAUAUGUUACUUGGUAGACUGAUUGGCCAGGUUCCAGUGCAUCUGUACGAUCCCCUCAACGACUUCGUGGUUGCGGAGCUGGCGCGACGGUCCGCAGAGUAUUCGGAGACCGAGAUGAUCAACAUCCUUGUCGGUACAUUCAACUUAAACGGAAAGACAAGUGGUAUUAAAAGCGAUCUUUCGCCAUGGCUAUGCCCAGACGUCGAUCCGUCACAGCAGUGCCCCGAGAUAGUAGCUGUAGGGUUUCAAGAGAUUGUUGAACUGAGCCCUCAGCAAAUCAUGUCGACGGACCCAGAUAGACGCGAAGCUUGGGAGGAAGCCGUUAGGGCAUGUUUGAACAACAACGCUGAGAAGCAUAGAAAAGAUGAAUAUGUCAUCCUCAGAGGUGGUCAGCUAGUAGGUGCGAGUUUGUCGGUCUUUGUCCGGUCAGACUGCCUAAAGCAUAUCAAGAAUGUUGAGGGCGCUCUCAAGAAGACUGGCAUGUCAGGUAUGGCUGGCAACAAAGGAGCCGUAGCUAUUCGAUUUGAGUACGCCAACACUUCGGUCUGUCUGGUUACAGCACAUCUUGCGGCUGGGUUUGCCAACUACGAAGAGCGUAAUCGUGAUUACAAGACUAUCAGCCAUGGUCUACGCUUCCAGAGAAAUCGAUCAAUCGAAGACCACGAUACUGUGAUAUGGCUUGGCGAUUUCAAUUACCGAAUUGGUCUGAGCAAUGAAAAAGUUCAAAGGUUAUGUCAUGUCGGUGAUCUUGAGACCCUGUAUGACAACGAUCAGCUCAAUCUCCAGAUGGUCGCCGGCUUAACCUUCCCAUAUUAUUCUGAGGCUCGCAUAACUUUCCCGCCAACGUACAAGUAUGAUCUUAACAGUAAUCAAUACGAUACGUCCGAGAAAGCACGCAUUCCCGCCUGGUGCGACCGUGUGCUUCGCAAGGGUGACAAUAUUCGGCAGAUACAUUACAACGAUGCCCCACUUCGUUUCUCCGACCACCGUCCAGUCUACGCGACCUUUCAGUUAUUGGUACAGCGAAUCGACGAAAAGAAGAAGGAUGCUGUGAAGGCGGCAUUGUAUCGACAAAGAAGAGAAGUUGUGGGCGAUACUCAUGCAGCAGGACGUCUAGGCGAAGAUGAAACGGACGACGAAGAUCUCUUAGGGUAUGAUAGUAUUGAACCAGGGCUACCACCUGCAAGCUCAGACCGGAGGAAGUGGUGGCUUGACAACGGUUUACCGGCGAAGGCACGCGUGGAACCGCCAUCUAACAAUCACUUCCCAAAUCCAAACCGACCGAGCAACCCAUUCACUCCUAGCCCAGAACCAGAAUGGGUAGAUGUCAAGCACAUGCCGAACAGUCGCAGACCUGAGCCACCACCAGCACGCGGCUCACAAAGAUCACGCACAGUUGAUUUUGACGGUCCCUCGACAAGUUUACCGCCAACGCAGAAGCCAGCAGCCCGCAAGAUGAUUGCGCCGUUGUACCCAGGCCAUGCCAAUCAAAUACUUGGCUCAGACGGUGCGCGAGACUCGCUCAGCGAUCUUCGACGCAGCGGAUCAAACGCUUCCACACACUCCAUGCCCAGCUUACCGUACCGCGCAUCAAACACGCUUCCCUCAGCUCAAUCCUCAAACAAACCACAAGUCCUCCGGAAACCAGCCCCACCCCCAGUUCCUAACAAGAAACCUUCACUUCUCUCCAAGAGUCCCUCGCCGGGGCCGUCAUACGCACCUCCUCCACAACGAUAUCGCGACGACCCUCCGGAAGAAUCCAGAGCACACCUACAACCAACAGCCAGACGGUCAAUGGCGCCGCCACCUAAUUUAACGAGGAAACCGGUACAAAAUCUUAUCGAUGAUGAUUUCGAGAAACCAGCCUUGCCACCACGCACCGGUACCGGUGGAAGCACUAGGAGUGGUGGUCGAGGAGGCAGGAGCUUGAUGGAUGAUGAGCCGGAAGAUAUGCGUAGCAUGGGUGGUGACUGGGAGGUUCUCAGGCCUGCGUAUAGAUAAAACCAUAGCUCCAAAACAAUAUAUUCCGUGCUGCUUCAG